AUGAAAGGGAAGGCCAAAAAGGACAACAUGGAGAUGGAGGGAGACCAGCGGUGUAAUGAUUUGUCUGCAGCUGCGUGCACGGUCACCAGAGCUCGGUGCGCACUGGAUCACAGAGCAGAGUGCUUGAUCAGAAGCUGCAACUUUAGCAGAAUGGUGCUCAACUUCCCCCUCCACUCACUGCUUUCACUUUUGGCCGUUUUUACAGCUGCUGAAGCUGUUGAAAGCCAGAAACCUGCUGAGGACACAGAGACAUUCUCUCCUCCAUCCCUCAUUUAUCCAGCAGUCAACUUUCAGAUCUUCAAUGCAGACCAUGUGUUUCUGAGACAGGGCAGUUCUGAACCAUCAGGGAACUCCAGUCUAAAAGUUCAGGCUAAGACUUUUCUCAUCACCGGUCCAGGUGCUGGGAUCCUACAACCAGCUAUCAAGGCAUCAUAUGGCUCCCUAGCAGUAGAUACUAUAAUCCCUCCUGACCUGCUCCUCAGUGGACGCAGAAUUCUACCGGUCAUUUUAGUCCGCCAAGUUCGUUCCUCGUCCCCGGUUGUCAAGGUCCUCUUCCACAUGCCUACAGAAAAUAAUUUCACUUUCAGCCAAGACACAUUGGGUUCCAAAGAAGAUAAUGAGAAGAAAAAUGAUGGGGACAAGGCCAAGGAUGGAGCCUACUGUGUGACAGCUUACGCCUUUUGGGAAACGAAGGAAGUCCGUGGGGCUUGUCUGGUUUCUCCAGGGGGAUUCUGCAUGGCACAUCUGAAACUAGAAGCAUCUUGGUUCAGCUCAGCCAGCAGAUCUGGAAGCUCUAGUAAAGAAGUGGAAAAAACUGAAGGAAUUAAGGGACUUCAGGGGAAUCUUGUGGAAGUCUACUUCCAGAGCAGAAGGGACCAGACUGGCCAGUGUACUCCACAAGAUAGUUUGCAGCGAGUAGGAGUGGGACGAGGCAGAGACUCUGUGGGAUCGGGAACACCUAUGAAAAGGAUAGGAAGUGUCAAUCUCAUCAAAGCUCCAUCUGGAAACCCCACAUUUUUUCGACUGAGGCUGGGAGGUGCUGUGAUAAUCCAAACUUCUUCCAAACCACUGAAAACCACAGACGUGGCAACCUUCUACGUUUUUCUGCCAAGCACAUCUACUCUGGAAAAUUUCACACUUAGGGCUGCUGUGAAAACGGGCCUGGCCUUUAGUGCAGCUCGACCCAAUGACCCAUUGCUGUGGGAUGUGGUUGUGGAGCCCGGCAGGGGAGCGACUCCCAGCACAGUCUCUGUUGUCUGCAACAGGAAGGCGUCCAUCACUCAGAAAAGGGGACCUCUGGAGAUUUUGCAACUUGAUUUUGUACCAAAAGACGUUUCCGAACAGAUUGAGAGUCAGGCCAUCUCCUGGCGCCUGGAACUUCCAGGGAAUGUCAAGGAUGUUGGAUUAAUGCGGAUCUACACCACCCGCAGAGACUACAUGGGACUGGCACCUCUGGUGAUGACCACAGAUAUUCUGAACACUGCCGUGCUGACGGGAAAAAUGCUUUCAGUUCCUGUGAAAACGCUUGCUGUUGAGGCCAACGGCUCAGUCACCGAUGUGACGAACUACACCAGCUGCAGGUCUACAGAGGAGGAUGUGCUCAAGGUGUCCGAGCGCUGCAAUUAUGUUUACGUAAAUGGGAAAGAGACAAAAGGCAAAAUCACAGUGAUGGUCAAUUUUACUUAUGGUUUCCUGAGCGCGCAGCUGGAGAUGAGCGUAUGGAUGCCCCGCCUGCCCUUGACCAUCGAUGUGGCCGACACCGAGCUGAGCCAGAUCAAAGGUUGGAGGGUCCCAGUUACAACUGGUAACAGGAGGUCUGCAUGGGACAGUGAGGAAGAUGAGGAGAUGAGGAAGGGCAGGGGCUGCAUGUUGCAGUACCAGCUCUCUGCAGUGAGGGUGCUCACACCUUUCGUAGCCCAGCCUGAUGCAGAGGCGCUGCCUGACCCUCUGACUGGAGAAGAGCCUGUUGAGUACUUCCUAGGCCCUGAUUGGCAGGUGGAUGUGACCGACUUUGUGCGCUAUUCUAUUCAAGCUGCGGAUCCUAAUGUCGUUAGAGUGCAGAAUGGGAUGGUCCUACAAGGAAAAGCUGCGGGGACCACAACUGUGCAGGUGCUGUCCCCUGUGACAUCGUCGGUCCUGGCCGAGAGGAGCAUCAGGGUGCAGGAUGAUAAAGUGAGUGUGACAGAACUGGGGGUGCAGUUGGUUUCUGGACUCUCUCUGUCGCUUCAACUCAGUCCUGGGAGCAACAAAGCCAUCGUUGCCACAACAACCACAAGGGAGAUCAUCACACAACUCAAACAGGAAGCUUUGGUCAACUGCUGGGUUCGGUUCAGCGACGGGGCAGUUGUUCCUCUGGAACUGUUUGACCGGAAUGUCUACUCUCUCACAGUCACCACCCACGAUGAAAGUGUCGCCACGAUACGCCGCACUUCGCAGUCUGUGUUUGCAGUUGCGCAAGGUGAAGGUGAGGGCCGGGCAAGGCAAGUGAGGGUAGAGCUCAGGAUCUGUGAGGAAUGCCAGAAGAAUAAGAGGAGGAGUAAACUGGUGGUGGGUACAGGAGUUCUCAAAGCAAACUUCCAGAGUAACAGAGCUGUCACAGGAGGAGGAGGAGGUGCUAAUAGGAAUAAAAAUGUAGGUGGUAAUACACCAGAAGUUAUGGAUGACCCUAAAACAACAGCAGCAUCAAAAAAUGUUUUCAGAAUGCUGGAUAGAAGACUGGUCAGAGGCACAAUACCUAACCAGCAAUCCACUGAGGCUGAAGGUACCACCUCAACAACUUUUCCCAACAAAUACGUACAAACACAUGUUGUGUGGACUGGAAUGGCCAAAGCCACAGGAGGAACUGCUUCUAGUGUCGUCAGCAUGGCUACACCUUCAACUAUAAUCCAACCAGGCCUGAAUACACAGCCGAACACUGCCAAACCUACAGCGAGUGUCUUUAGUAAAGGAGAUGGGAUGAAGAAAACUUUUGGAAAUUUGCUUGAUAACUCUAAUUCAUCUUCUAGCAUCAACAUCCCCGAAGCAGAAACACCCAAAAAGGAGCUUCCUAAAUCUAAAAUGCCAAAAGUAAUUGAAAGCGACCUCAUCAGGACAUUCAGAGCCAUGUCAGAUUUGGAAAUCGGCAUGUACGCUUUAGUGGGCGUUUCCUGUGUUGCAAUUUUGGCAUUUUUGCUCAACUGUGCUUCAUAUAAACUAUGUUUUCGCAAUCAGAAGACCCCCAUACAAGCAGGCCCAGUACCGAACAUGGACCCAAAAGAUCACAAACAUGACUGGGUGUGGCUUGGGAGCAGCAACCACAGUGCGCCUGCGCCAGCAGCACCGGAUGUCUCGACUCAAGCAUCCACACUAAAACGCAAGACGCACCACCCUCUGGAGUCACAUCAUUCCAUCGAUUCCAUGGGUCACUGCACUAGCUCUUUGCCUACCGUGAGUGCCCCUCCAGUCCCAGAGAGGACUGCCACUUUGGGACGCAGCAGAACCAGCUCCCAGCAACUCCAGUUUCAAGGAAAGGCAGUCGACCUCUUGGCAAAUCGUUCCGCCACCUUGCUGGCUAGACCUCAGCGCAGUGAGCCUCUACAUUCUCCCACCAGCAAGAGGAAUCAAGUCCAGUUCACCACCUUCACCACGCUGGACAUUAAACACUUGUCUGCACUGAAGAAGAACGGUGUGGACUUAACCUGGUCCAAUCAGCAAGCACAGCAGCAACCAGCCCCUGCUGAGCCACAAAUACCUUUACCUGAUAUGCCAUGGCCCGUGGUCAAACCUGUAGGGGAGCCCCACUGAAGUUUUAUGUUUGCAUAGGUGAUAAGAAAGAGUUCUACACAAGAUGCACAUUCUGACAAAGAAUGUUAAAGAGACAAAGAAACAAGCACGGCUUUAAUUGCUUAUACAAAAUGAAUCACUUGUUUGCUGAGAUACAGACUGUUCUAUAUUUAAAAUGGAUGCACGAAGUACAAAUUUGU